AUGACGGCAACCGAAGCCAUGGAGAGGGCGAGCGGGAAUGAGGCCAAGGCCUCCAAGUCCGAGAGCGAAACAACCUCCAAGGAUCACCAUACGGCUGCCGCAGACGAUGCCCACAGGACCCCGAAGAAGCGACGCAAGGUGAACCAUGCUUGCCUCUACUGCCGCCGAUCUGAGAGGCCGUGUACGAGAUGUAUCAAGCGCAACAUUGGGCACCUGUGCCAUGAUGAACCCCGUGACCACGAGUCAAGGAAGUCCAAGAGCGUGCUGGCGACGCCAACCGUUCAAGACUCGGCUUCCCAGCCGGACCUCGGGCCCAGCACCGUGAGCCAGAGCGCCGCCCCGAUGAGGCCGCCCUCGUUCGACUCGGCCAUGAGCAGCGGACCAGGGCAGGAUGCGAAGGCCUCAUUUGAUGCCGCAGCCCUGGCAAGCCGGGGUAAUCCCCUCCAGCUCGUGCAACCCACACCAGUGUCCAGCAUUCAGACGACCGCGCUGAGCACUACCAUGAGCCAAUUCGCCGGCUUUUCGGACGCUUGGCUAUCCUCGCAGAACCAUUUUCACGACAUGCAUAACUUCCACCCCAACUAUGUGAUUGCGCCCGAGGUCACAAAUGAGUACAAUCUCUUGAGUGACUUUUUGCAGACGAGCCUGCUUGACGACGGCGCGCUCGUUACAGAUGACCCCAACCGGGCCGACUCGGUUUCGGGGUUCCCCACCAGCAACGCCAUGUUGCCCCCGAGCGCCGUCCCGGGGAGCUCGAUGCUGCCGCCCAAUUCUGAGCAGGGCGUCAACAUCCCGAGGCCCUCGAGCGCUCUCCCGACGGAUAAGGCUCGCGAAUACUACCUCCAGGCCGCGGACCCGUCGGGCAACGCUGCGCCAGAAGAGCGCAUGCGCCAGGUUUUGCAGGCAAAGUACGACGCAGGCCUGCUGAAACCAUUCAACUACGUCAAGGGAUACACCCGCCUAUCGACGUACCUCGACACCCACGUCGCGCCGUCGUCCAAGCAGAAGAUUCUUAGGCAGCUCGAUCGGUUCAGGCCGAAAUUUCGCGAGAAAAUGAAGGACCUUACCGAUAUGGACCUUGUUUUGGUCGAGAUGUGGUUCGAGAGGACUCUGAUGGAUUAUGACCGCGUGUUUGCAAGUAUGGCUGUCCCUGCUUGCUGCUGGAGGCGGACAGGGGAGAUUUUUAGGGGCAACAAGGAGAUGGCCGAGCUCAUUGACGUGCCGGUCGAGGACCUCCGAGGCGGCAAGAUUGCUCUUCACGAGAUGCUCACAGAAGAAUCCAAUGUGAGGUAUUGGGAAGAGUUUGGAACCAUCGCAUUCGACCCGGCCCACGACACGCUCCUCACGGCCUGCUCGCUCAAGAAUCCUUAUGACGAGACGAAGCGCAUCGUGAACUGCUGCUUCUCAUUCAGGAUCCGCAGAGAUGACCACAAAGUGCAUGUUCUUUCCUCACUCACAGCGCCUGUCUGUCUGCUAACGUGCCGCCUCCAGUCCGAGUACAACUCUGGACAACAGAAAACGGGAACCGCCUACACCCCCAAACUCGCGAUGCCUCCGAUCCGGACACCCAAACAUGCGUCUGCCUCGGCCUCUCGCUCCCAGGCAACCGGGAAAUCCGAGAAGCGAAUCGAGGCAGCAGUCGAAUUCGCCUCCUACCUGAAACGCCUCCUCACAAAUCACCCAUCCGACACCCCGCUCACAGAAUCCCUUGUCUCAGACGCCGCAAGCCACAUCGACCGUCUCCAUGCCUGCCACCAGACCUAUGUCCCUGGCCUGUCGGGCGACCCGGAGGUGGACGCGCUGGCGACGGGGUUGUGGAAUUUGUGUACCCGUCUUGGGAGGGAGGAGGAACUUAAAUGUCGGACGGAGGGUGGGGGUAGUACUGCGGUUGUGAAUGUGAAUGUGAUUGUGAAUGGGGGUGGUGGUGGUGGUAAUGGUAAUGGUAAUGGUAAUGGGGGCGGUGGUGGUGGUGGUGCUGGUGGUGGGCGUGAAUGGGGGCAGGAGAAGGGGCUGGGUAUCAUCAGUCGGCAAGGGGUUGCAGGGGGGAAAGGGGGCCAGAAAGGAACAAGGCUUUCCCGGUUGUACCUCCACGGCAAGGUCCUCGCGUUCCAUCUCCUGGGUGUUGCCCGGCCGAAGGAGAAUGGGAGGGUUGGGGUUGUGGUUAGGUUAAUGAGGUUGGGGUUCAAGGUGGUUAGGGAUUGCAUCGAUGCCGGCGACUCGAAGCUUGCUGGUCUAGUGAUCCAGUCAGUUGCUGACUACAAAGGGUGGCUGCAGGAUAUGGCGGAGAGACUGCCUGAUGAGGAGUCGUGGCUCGAGGACCGGCUCGAUGUCGCGGAGCAUAUGUACACCAAGACGGAACGGCUCCGCCAGUAUCUCUCCCCGGACUACGCAGAACGGCUGGCUGAUGUUCUUUACGAGAUUGGGAAAUCUCUGUCGUCCCGGAGCGAUUUUACCAUUGCGGUCAAGUGGCUCGAACGAGCAAAUGAGAUCAUCAACAGCCAGGAACUUGAGCGACUAUCUCGGGAAGGCGUCGAGUUGCGUCUCGCAGUUUUACAAGCUCUGGUUACCGCCCUCUUGGGCACUGGAACUGCGGAUGGACUUGGAAAGGCUAAAAACUACGUGGAGUACAUCGAGGCGGAGGCAGGCAACAGACUGGUUGUCUCGUUGCUAAAGCUCGAGCUGUUGCAGAAGACGCCCGCCGAGGUGUUCGACAGCGAGGCGUACGCUGACGUUUUGAGGCAUAUCAUCCGGAACUUUGGCUUCUCGGAGUCGGGAUUUAAGCUGAUUGUCCACCACAUCCGGAAGCUCCACGACAAGAGUCCCGGCGCAGGAUGUGCGGUACUUGAUGAUUUCAUUCUGGUGCUCAGGGGCUCGGAAAGGGGUGAGUGGAUAGAAAAGGCCGUGGUCACACGUGUUUGGAUGAUUAUCAACCAGAGGGAUUCUGUUGAGACCAUCAACUCCGUCAAGGGUGUUCUUGAACAUCUUACAGCACCCCUGAGUGCGGAAGCUGCAGUGGCGGCUCAAGCGUUGAUAUGGAAAAAGCUGGAAUCCAGCUACAGUCAAGGACAGUACGACUUGGCCGAGAGCUGGUGCCAACUGUCGCUUCACAGCGCCUUUCAGAACUGCGGUCCUGGCAACACCUCUAAAUUGGAGAGCUUGGACACGGCUGUGUCGAAUAUCCGCAAGAUGUCCCAGCAUAGCUGGAAAGAACCCAUGACCGCGUAUCUGGCCUUUAAAGUCGCAGUUCGGGUCGAAGACCGAGAGAUGGCUGAAAAAUGUCUCGAGACCGUUGCCCAGGUGCCGGAUCACGUCGACUACCUCGGAGCCUGCAUAGCAGAAUCUCAAAAGGCAGGGGAUAUUAUGUGCGCUAUUGCCGCCUUGAAGAAGCUCAAGGAGAAAUACGAGUACAAGGAACCGAAUCCGGUACAUCUGCCAGCUCUAUUCCGAUGUACGAUCCGGCUCUUAAACUUGCUCGAAGACAGGCCAGGUCCGGAUGUGGACGGCAUCGCGAACGAUCUUUGCCUGGAGUUCGAAGCUGGUGGGUUCACCCGUAUUGCAAUGGCGGACAGUCUGCUGAGAGCCCAGGCUCCGGGACAAGCCCUGUAUUCCACCAUGCGCAAGCUAGUUAACGAGAUCUGGGCUCUGGAAAGAUUUGACGCUUUGAAGCUGGCAAAAUAUACUCGUUGUCUCUUUCAGGCGACGUUACCGCUGGAUGACGGGCUCGCGAUGAAGCUGCUAGAGGAAGCGAGCAGCAAAGCCAGAGAGUUGCGAGAGAGCGACGCCAGCUGGCCUGAGGAGGAACUGGAGUGGAUGGCGACCACGGCGUUCAACCACGCUAUCGACUGCUACAGUGCUCACGAGAUUGAGCGAGCCAAACGGUGGGCAACCAAGGCCAUCAGUUUGGCGCAUUAUUGCAACGAUGGAAAGCUGGAAGAAAUCCUGCAGAGCAAGUACAUGCAGCUGAGCUUUGACGGGAAGUCGGGGUGA